CUGAGAGGCUCCUGUGAUUCAUUCACGGCGAGAAAUCACUCAAAAGGCGCGGACUGUAUCGCUCUCCGCUAGACACAGCUCGUCUCAAAGACAGCCCAUGCACAGGCGGCAAGCAAUACACACAUCCAGACAUCCAGGCAGACAGACAGAUAGACAUACCUCACGCAACGUCCUAGACACAAUUAUCCGUCGUGACGAGACUCUGAGACAACGCUACCUCUCGCCCCUCCCCUCCAGUCAGUGUGUGCAUGUCAUGUGUGUAGUGGCCGGCUGGUCGGUUUGGUGUGUGUGUCUGUGGCACUUCAUUCAUUCAUUUCAUUUUGCUGGCCAUGGAGACGCCCCCCUUCUUGGUGUCGAUGGACACGUGCGACAGCACACGGCUGCAGCCCUUCUCCAGCAGCAUCGUGUGGGCCUUCUUGACGAUCUCAAGCACCUGGUCCAUGCUGCCCUCCACACAUGUCGCCAUCUGACACACACAGACACACACACACAGAGCACACAGAAAGACCACACGCGUGCACACUGUUGGGUGUGUGUGUGUCUGUGAGUGUGUGGCGUCUGGUCUCACCGGUCCGACUUCUCCCUUGACUCCGCUCAUGGACUUGAUCAUGUCGAUGACCUCGUCUAUCAUCUUGUACU